AUGGAUAUCAGCCAUCUGAUAUAUGUUGAUGACAUUCUGAUGUUUACUAGGGCUACCAAGUCUGCUACCAAGUCCAUUAUGGAGUGCCUUCAACACUUCCAACAGGUGUCUGGUCUAAAGGUAAACAAGGAUAAAUGUGAGAUUCUGAUCAGUAAAAGAGCCUCUCUACCAACCAAACAAUGGAUAUACUCUUACACUGGUUUCUCUAGCUUGAACCUCCCUUUCAAAUAUCUGGCGAUUCACUUGAUCAGAGGAAGGACUGAGUUGAUUCAAUUUGAUGAGGUUAUUGAUAAGAUAAUCUCUACUCUUCAGGGGUGGUUUAACUCUUAUUUGUCUAAUGGUGGUAGGAUCACCCUCCUUAAGAGCAUGCUUACCAUCACCCUCCUUAAUGUUCUCCAAGUGGCUACAAUGAAAAGAAGCACCCACCUCUUGCUGGAAAGAAUAUUCAACAGGUUUCUUUGGGCUGGGAACAGGAAACAAGUGGCUUGGGCAGGCUGGCAAAAAGUGGCUAAACCCUGGGAGGCUGGUGACUUAGGAUUUAAAGGUUUGCACCAGAUGCAACACAUCAGUCUGUGCAAGCUUUGGAUUAAAUUCAGACAAAAUGAAUACUUAUGGGCCAAGUUCAUGCAGGCCAAAUAUUGCAAAUUUGAUCACCCUGGGGAGGUCACUAGGAAGGUGGGAGAUUCUAGAAUUUGGAUUCAAAUGCUUAAGGUCAGAGAAGACAUUGAAAAGCUGCUAAGAUGGGAGCUGGGCCAAGGGGAAAUCAAUUUUUGGAAAGACAACUGGUGUCCUACUGACUAUUUGGAACCUUUACAAGAUGAAAAGGAGGGGGAUCUACUGUUCAAGGACUAUUGGAAUGGUAAUGUUUGGUCUGAGGACAUUUUUAGGAGUAUAUUGAAGGAUCAGUCUGUUAGCUCCAUUUCUACUAUCCAAUUUGAUAGAAAUAACAAGGAUCAACUUAACUUGAAGAAUAAGACCAGGGCUAGUAUUUCAAAGGAUAUCCAGAAUAAUUUGUACAGCUGGGACACCUGCCAGUGGAAUGUUUCCUCUUGCCAAAAAAACCUUACCCCUUCAAUGUUGUUCUUUUCCUGGAGAGCUCUUAAUAAUUUACUUCCUACUGAUGAUAUCCUAAAACUAAAAGGCCUGAAAGGGCCUUCUAGAUGCCACCUAUAUUGUAUUAAAGAUUGGCAAGAGAUUAACCUCAUGCCAAUUCCCUUCAUUGUUGCUUGGUUCAUCUGGAUGUCUAGGAACAUGGCCAAACAUGAGGAGAGGGAGGCCAACACUACAAGGGUGAUGAUUAAUUGCUUGUCUUAUCUAAAUAAGUUGAUAAGUUGGAGGAAGUUCCCUAAGAUCCUGCAGACCAUAAUGGUUGCUAAUAAUAUUAAGAUCAUCAAGGUUAGAUGGGAGAGACCUUCUUACACAUUCAUUAAAAUCAAUACAGAUGGAAGCUACACAAACAAGAGAGCAGGUAUUGGGGGAAUUUUUAGAGAUCACAUAGGGCAUACCUUGCUUUUCUAUAAGGCCCCUUAUAUUGCUGAAGAUGCCUUGGACACUGAAGCUGCUGCCCUAUAUUGGGCAUUAAAAUUUGCUAUGAAGAAUAAGUGGAAGUGGAUUGUUGCUGAAGUGGACUCCUCCCUUUUGGUGGAGCUGUUGAACAUUAAGAUGACUUCCCCUUGGGAAGCUAACAGACCUGCAAACUUCCUGGCUAUGGAGGGUGCAAAUGUUGAGCAUGCUGAGAAUGAUAUGUUCUUGAUGUCGUGUCUUAUUGAUGAUAUGGACAACAAAUUUGAUCAUAAGGUUUAUUUUGUUGGAAGGAAAAGUGAUUAUGAUGCUGAUUAUGAUGAGGCAUUGGUUAAAUUCAUGAAGGGAGGCCAUACAUUUGAAUUUCGUACAUGCCCUCGAUUGACACUUUUUGAAGGUCUGAGAUCAAUGGAUGAAGAUAUUUCCUUUGAUUCUGAUGAUGACGAGGAGGAAGAGGAUUAA